AUGGGUCAGCUUAAUGAAGCUAAAAAGAUGAAUGUCACUGAGUUUGCCGAUGCCCAAAGAAGCCAUUACACAGUAUAUCCCAGUUUGCCCAAGGCGAACGAAAACGACAAACACAUUCCAUUUGUUAAGCUUCUGUCAGGCGAGGAAUCGGAAACAAAUGUCGAAAAAAGGUGGGAGUUGUACGACCAGUUACAUUCACAUUUCCACGACCAGGUCGACCAUAUUAUUGAUAACAUUGAAACUGACUUGAAAACAGAAAUUUCAGACCUCUUGUAUAAUGAAACGGCUCAAAAGAGACGAUGCUUCAACACCAUCUUCCUAUUAGGUUCAGAUAGUACGACGAAAAUUGAACUUCUAAAAGAUACGCCCUCUCAGUACAAUGCCUUAAUUGAACUUACUCCAAAGGAAUCUCCAAAUGUGAGAAUGAUGCUUCGUAGGUCCAUGUAUAAGCUUUACAGCGCUGCCGAUGCUGAGCAACAUCCCACCAUAAAAUAUGAAGAGACUAAUGAUGAAGAUACCGAUUUUAUGGAGCAAAACAAUGAUGUGUCAUAUGACUUAUCCCUUGUUGAAAAUUUCAGAAGGCUUUUUGGGAAGAAUUUGAACAUGGUUUUCAAUUUCAAAGAUGUCGAUUCUAUCAAUUUCCACACUUUAGACAGUUUCAUCAUCUUACUAAAAAGCGCCUUUAAAUAUGAUCACGUUAAGAUAAGUUUAAUUUUCAACAUCAAUACAAAUUUAUCAAAUAUUGAGAAAAAUUUAAGACAAUCAACAAUACGACUUUUAAAAAGAAAUUAUCACAAACUGGAUGUAUCAAGUAAUAAAGGGUUUAAAUACGGUAACCAAAUUUUUCAAAGUUUCUUAGACACCGUUGACGGAAAAUUGAAUCUUUCCGAUCGAUUUGUGGAAUUCAUCCUCGACAAGAUGGCAAAUAACACCAAUCACAAUUUGCAAUUAUUAACUAAGAUGUUAGAUUAUUCGUUGAUGUCGUACUUCUUCCAAAAUGCUUUUUCAGUUUUUAUCGACCCUGUAAAUGUUGAUUUUUUAAAUGACGAUUACUUGAGGAUACUAAGUAAGUGCCCCACAUUCAUGUUCUUUGUCGAAGGUCUUAUAAAACAGCAUGCUCCUGCUGACGAAAUACUUUCGUUGUUGACCAACAAAAACAGAGGCCUAGAAGAGUUCUUUGUUGAGUUUUUAGUGAGGGAGAAUCCGAUUAAUGGGCAUGCCAAAUUUGUUGCUCAAUUUCUCGAAGAAGAGUUGCAUAUAACCAAUUUCAAUCUGAUAGAAUUAUAUCAUAACUUAUUAAUUGGCAAACUAGAUUCGUAUCUUGAUCGUUGGCCUGCAUGCAAAGAGCACAAGGAACGACUUCAUUUUGAGCCUAUUGAUACAAUCUUCCAAGAAUUAUUCACUUUAGACAACAAGAGUGGACUACUCACCCAAUCGAUUUUUCCCUCCUACAAAUCAAACCUUGAGGAUAACCUGCUGAGUUGGGAACAAGUGCUGCCUUCGCUCGAUGGAGACACCGAUGGGGGCAUUUCCGAAAGCUUGGAUAAAGUGAUGGCUCCAGUAGUGGGCCAGUUGUUUAAGCUUUAUCGUGAAGCAAACAUGACCAUUAAUAUAUACGAUUUCUACACUGCGUUCAGAGAGACUUUGCCAAAGGAAGAAAUACUGAAUUUUAUCAAAAAGGACGCCUCUAACAUUAGACUUCUAGAGCUAGGAGAAGCCCCAGAUGCGUUUGAAAAAGUAUCAUUGAUUCUAUUUAUGCAAGCAAUCUUUGCCUUUGAAAAUAUGGGGCUCAUUAAAUUCCAAAGCGUUAAAAAUUACGAUCUUGUCGAAAAAUGUGUCUGGAAAGGCAUCUAA